AAUUUUUUCUUUUUCUUUUUUGUUUUAUUUUUAUUGUUCAAACAUGCAAUUAACCAUUAAAACACUUCAACAAAAACAAUUCCAUUUGGAAGUCGAAAGUUCCGACACCAUCCUUUCCAUCAAGGAAAAGAUUCAAGAAACACAAGGACACCCUGUUGCUCAACAAAAGAUUAUCUUUGCUGGUAAAAUUCUUGUUGAUGAAAAGUUGGUACAAGACUACAAGAUAAGUGAAAAGGAAUUCCUUGUCUUGAUGGUAUCCAAGCCCAAGGCCGCUGCCAAGUCUGUAGUCGAACCCGUCAAGGAAGCACCUGUCACCACAACUCCCGCUGCCGUACCUGCCUCCGUACCUGAGCCUGCUGCUGCCCCUUCACCUGCUGCUGCUUCUUCACCUGCUGUUGCUGCUGCUGCCCCUGUCGCACCCGCUACACCUGCCACCACCAACACAAAUACCACACCCACUACUGAAACUGACUCUCAAUUAGUGACGGGAACUCAGCUUGAUGGCGUGAUUCAAAAUAUGAUGGAGAUGGGAUUUGAGCGUGAACAAUGUGUCCGUGCUCUUCGUGCUAGUUUCAACAACCCUGACAGAGCUGUUGAAUACCUCUUUAACGGUAUUCCUCAAAAUAUCUUGGACGAAAUGAACAUGAACGCACAAGCCGCUCAACAACAACAACAAGAGGGAGCACAAGACGCCACUAUGACCGAAGCCACCGCAGCCGCAGCCACUUCACCUACCACCACCAACAAUAAUAAUAAUACAACAUCCGACGUCAAUCCCAACGCACCUUUGAACUUGUUUGCUGCUGCUCAACAACAAGCACAACAAGCACAACAACAAGCACAAGGUGGAGGAGGAUUAGGAGGAAAUCCCGAUUUUGCCAAUUUAAGAAACACAGCCCAUUUCCAACAAAUUCGACAAUUGGUGCAAUCCAACCCAGCCUUACUUCAACCUUUACUUCAACAGUUGGGUCAAUCAAACCCUGAAUUGUUGCGAUCGAUUAAUGCUGAUCCCAAUGGAUUUUUACAGGCUUUAUUAGAGGGUGCAGAUGAAGAUGAGGCUCCUCCUGGAUCUUCCAUGGUUCAAGUGACCCAAGAAGAGAAGGAUGCCAUUGACAGAUUGGUUGCUUUAGGUUUUGACAGAGGUAUGGUCAUUGAAGCUUAUUUCGCUUGUGAAAAAGACGAAGAAUUGGCUGCAAACUACUUGUUUGAACACGGAACUGAAGACUUUGAAUAAAUUUUUUUCUAUAUCUAUCUUUUUUUUUUUUUUUUUUUUUUUU